AUGGCCCAGUCUGGACAAAGUACGCCGGGUCAAUACCUACCUCCUUCAAUGCUUAGUAGCCAGGCUUUGCCUAAUAGCGUAAGGCAAAGAGUUAAAUCUCAGCGAAGCCCAGCAUCGUCAUCUCCAUAUCGUGUUGCCAAACGUUAUACCACCCAUAGUACACAUAAUGAAGUCAACCAUCACGAGAAUGCACUAGCUCAACCUCUAGUACAGAUGCCCCGAUCACCCCCACCUGCGAUUGUUGCGCAACCGGCUACUCCUGCUCCAGUCAUUAGACGUCCCCGUUCUCUUCCUGCACUCCGUGGAAGCCAGAUUGACCCGGGCUCAUCAUUAUCGAAGCAUAGAAGCGUAAAAUCAAUUCGAAAUGGUGUUCGCAAAGCUGCCCCAAAAGUUACAAAUAGGAGAUUUGAUCGAGGUGACCCGUUUAAUAGACGUGAAAAAUCUGGGAUCAAAGAAGUAAACCAAGCGAGUUUAGUGGAGACUGGGGAAGAAGACGUUCAAGAAUUGGAGAUGGGGUUAAGUAGAUUGAAUAUAUAA